AUGGCGGGGUUCGGCAGCAACCGGCGGGGCGGCCGCCUCCCCUCCUUCCUCUUCGCGGCGCUGCUGCUCGUCAUCGCGGCGCUGGCCUUCAACGCCUGGAGCUCGUCGUCCCGCCAGAGGGCCCUGCGGGAGGAGGCGGCCGAGCUGCAGGGCCAGGCCAAGCGCGGCGAUGUGGCCCGGGGCCGCCUGGAGAAGAGGAACUCGGAGCUGCUGCUGCAGGUGGAGGCGCACAAGAAGGCCCUGGAGCAGAAGGAGGCCGAGCGCAGCCGGCUGAGCAGCCAGCUCCAGGCCAGGGACGGCCAGGUCCGCAAGUGCGAGGAGGGCAAGGUCAAACUUCAGAGCAAUAUAUCGUACCAGAUGGCAGACAUACGUCGCUUAAAGGAACAACUUGCAGAAUUGCGUCAAGAAUUCCUACAACAAGAGGACUAUCUUCAUGAAUACAAGAAAAACAAUACACAACUUCUUAAAAGAUUGGAGUAUGAAAGUUUUCAAUGCGGGCAACAAAUCAAGGAACUAAGAAUACAACAUGAAGAAGAUAUGAAAAAAUUGGAGGACCAGGUUUUGCAGGACCAGAAGCAGGCCACACACAGGAGCCAAUUCACCAAAGACAUUGAGAGAGGAUUGAGUGAGAGUCCAAAAACAGUGAAGGCAACUCAAAAACUGAACGAAGUUAAGAAUGAAGCACCAUCAACCAACAAUAUAUCAGAUGGCAAAGAAAAGAUUAAACCUGGAGAUGACGCAGGCAUGCCUGGAAUAGAAGAGAAUGACCCUGCCAAAGGUGAAGAUACACUCACUGCUUUGAAGAAGCCACUUUUUUCAACUUCUCAAAAUCAGCAUCAGCCUGGUGGAAAAGUUUUCACAGAAAAAAACCGUACUCUAAAUCUGGCUCCAGCUGCAAUACUGGAGGGUAAUACUGACAUGGUAAACCAGGUACCGGCAAACUAUCUUCAGCGUGCAAUUUCUGAUCACACAUUGGACAUUCAAAGAACCAAAAAACAGCUUGCAAAACAGGCUUCCAAGGAGAGAGUCAACAACUUUCAGAGAAUGAAGCAAAGCCGGUUCUUUGAUGAGAAUGAGUCCCCCGUUGAUCCUCAGCAUGGAUCUAAACUGGCGGAUUAUAAUGGGGACGAUGGGAACGUGGGUGAGUAUGAGGCAGACAAGCAGGCUGAGCUGGCCUACAAUGAGGAAGAGGAUGGUGAUGGUGGUGAAGAAGACGUCCAAGAUGAUGAGGAGCGGGACCUCCAAAUGGAUCUGGUGGACUAUGGGAAACCACGCUUUAAUGAUGUCCUUUAAAGCCUCAAUGACUUUCUUCUGAGAGAUGAUUCUGCAAGCCUUCAGUGUUUGGGGCAAAAGAACCAGGAGACCAGAGGCAGUGCGCUGUCCGACGUGAAACCUUGGAAGCAAAAGGUAAAAUGCAGUCAUGUGCGUCUAGUGGGUUCCAGCCCUUUGCAAAUAAGAGAGAUGCUUUGUCCUACAAGAUGAGGAAUGGGUUAUUUACCGGACUGGGCUGUAAGACUGUUCUUUAUCUGUAAUCUUUGUGUUAAAAAUUAACAUUGCAAAAUAAUUUUACAUGUUUCUGAAAUAAAGUGAAUGUGUACAGUUUGUAUCUC